UCUUAGUUUCCCAAAUUAUUUAGACAACAGUGAUUUGUUUGGAAUAUGUAUUCGAGGUGUUUCCGUGGUUCGUCCACCUCCCAAAUUAUGUGUUUAGUGCGGGGUGGCGGCUGUAAGUCAAACACAUUGCAAUCGCUCUGCUCCACAGCACUUCAGCCACACCGCAACAUAGGUCAUUUAACAGGGAGUCGGCUCCGCUGGAAGCUCGGCGUGAUGCAGUUGCUCAGUGGCCUGCGACACCGAUACUGCCUGUGGCGUCUGCGGCGCCUGUUGGGCGUGGCCUUCGACGAGGGCGGAUUCCAGGAGGGCACUCGCCAGGCGGCGGUCACCAUGAUCGAGGCAGUGCGCCAAGCGGACUGGCCCUGCAUCCGGAGUUGCUGCACGGAGCGGGGAUCGGCCGAUAUCUACGGCUUGUCCCAGAUGAGGAGUCCCUACUGGAGUUUGGUUCGCUUCCAAAGGGAACACCUGCGUCAUGCUCUGCCCCUGAGGGUGGUACGUCGCUGGAUCGAUGGUCGCUAUUACGUCCUGGUGGACAUGCUCUUCGUCGGCCUGCGCAACCUGCUCGAUCUCGGGACCGAGCAGGAAAGGGAGGAAAUGCUCCAGCGGAUUCAGAGCGUUCUGGUGGAUUCCCGGAUCGAUGAUCAGUUCGAACCGAACAACUGCCGCCUGGCGAUCGCCGAACUAGUACUCACCUUCUCCAAGGAACUGGGACACAGCCAGUUGGAUCCGCAGGAUCCUCGGGAUAUUGAGCGUGAGGAUCAGGAGAGUGGCUGGCUGGUGGACUCCUACAAGGUGCACCGCUUCAAGCUGAUCAGCUUCAGUCCCAAAACACUGAACCUUCGCGUUAUUGACUUUCUGAAACCGGUUCGCCAGAGGUAGUA